AUGGAGUUGGCAUUGGUGGUGACCGGAAAACUCGGAGAGAGUUCGUGCUGUUCUUUAUUCAAGUGUUGGUUAUUAACCUAUUUACAUGUAUUGAAGGAGAAAGCAGCUGGAAUAUGGAAGGAAGCAAAGUUCGGGGCAGAUCACCGCCUCCCAAAGAAAAAAGAAGGGGAAAAAAACAAAGAAAGAAACGACAGCAUCAAAAAUCAAAUAAACGACAAAUAA